AUGAUUGUUGCAGAAGAAUCAUUGGAUGAAGUAAUAUCUAGCGGCCCUGAGGAUACAGAGAUUUGCAGCCAGCAAACGACUGUGAGUGCAGAAGGUGGGGAGCAAUCCCUAAAAAACGAAAGGAAAACUUCGACUGGUUUACAGCUGGAACAACUGGCCAAUACGAAUUUAUUGACAAUAAGAAUAAAAUGGCAGCAACAAGAAGAAAAUGAGCGCUACAACUCUCGGAUAAGUGAUCAAAUAAUGGACACAAUACAGCAGUAUAAAGGUGUUUCUGUUAACAAUUCUGAUACAGAGGCAUAUGAAUUCCUACCAGAUGUAAAGAGGUUGCAGAUUCUAGAACAAAGUAAAGAUGUUUAUCUUUAUGAACAUGGAAGUCAAGAAUAUGGGAAAUCAUAUCAAGAUAACGAAAAAGAAGAUGAUUGGAAAUAUGAUACUGUUUUACAAGCACAAUUUAAACACCCGAACUCACUAGAAAACGCAUGCGUAGGUAUUUCAGAACUACUUAAAAAUGAACUGAAUGGGCAAUAUAUUGAUAAAUGGUCUAUAGGUGCAAACAAGCAUGCAUUGACCUAUCCCGGAAAUAUUUUUGUCGGGGGAAUUGCAAAGAGCCUAUCCAUUGGUGAACUAAGUUUUUUGUUCUCAAAAUAUGGAACAAUACUAUCGAUGAAGUUGAUAUAUGAUAGAACGAAAGGCGAGCCUAAUGGAUAUGGUUUCAUUUCUUACCCAUUAGGUUCUCAAGCCUCACUGUGCAUCAAGGAACUCAACGGUAGGGUGGUAAAUGGAUCUACGCUAUUUAUCAACUAUCACGUUGAGCGAAAAGAGAGGGAAAGAAUUCACUGGGAUCACGUCAAGGAAAACAAUAAUGACGAUAAUUUCAGGUGCCUCUUUAUAGGCAACUUGCCUUAUAAUAAUCCCGACAAAGUAGAAACGUUGAUUACACCUAAGGAAAUUAUAGAAGUAAUCAAGAAAGAGCUGUCAAAAAAACUUCCAGACUUUGAUAUCAUUUCGUAUUACUUCCCGAAGAGAAGUAACACAAGGAGUAGUAGUUCCGUAAGCUUCAAUGAUGAAGGGUCUAUAGAUUCGAAUAAACUAUCCAACAAUACAAAUGGACCUGCUCAAGAUGAAGAAAUGUUGAAGGGUUAUGGUUUCAUCAAGCUCAUCAACCACGAACAAGCCUUAGCAGUGAUUGAGACAUUCAAUGGAUUUAUGUGGCACGGCCAUCGACUCGUUGUCAAUAAGGCAGUUCAACAUAAGGUUUAUAACAAUCAUGGUAACCACGAUAGGCAGUCCUCUGUCGGUAACCAUAACGAUAUGGAAGCCUUGGAAUUUGCCAGUAACUCGAUGUAUGAUUACAAUAAUUACACAUAUGAUAGAUACUACUUCAACAAUAACAAUAACAAGAACGGGAAUAGUAAUGAUACCUCAAAUAUACCCUAUUUUGAUUCUGUAAGGUCAACUCCAGUAGCAGAGAAAAUGGAUCUCUUUUAUCCUCAAAGAGAAUCCUUUAGUGAGGGACGUGGACAACGUGUACCUAGAUUCAUGGGAAACAAAUAUGACAUGUACCAGUAUCCAUCGGCUUCUUACAGCUUACCUAUACCAAUGAGUAACCAGCAGGAAUCAAACUUAUAUGUCAAGCACAUCCCUCUUUCUUGGACAGAUGAAGAUCUGUACGAUUUUUAUAAGACUUUUGGUGAGAUAAUCAGCGUUAAGGUCAUUACUGUGGGCGGUAGUAAGAAUAAGUACCGCCAACAAUCGAACGAUAGCUCUUCGGAUAGUGACCUACCGGUAGGUUCAUCGAGGGGUUAUGGUUUUGUUUCUUUUGAAAGCCCACUGGAUGCAGCCAAGGCAAUUUUGAAUACAGACGGGUAUCAGGUAAGCAAGGAACAAGUUUUAUCGGUCUCUUUCGCCCAAAAACGUGGUAAUUUGUCUUCAAGUGAUGAUGAGUACCAAUCUCAAACCGAUAGCUUAUCGAAACGUCAAAGUUCUCAAUCACACAAUGACUAUCAAAAAAUUUAUCCAGCGAAGUAUAAUAAGAAAUUCAUAAAUGCCCUCAUGAGCCAGAACCACUCGCAACAGCAAGUCCCGAGAGAAAAUUACUUUAUGCCGCUACAAUACCCUAGCAGCAAUACUAAGUCUAUGAACAAUUACAGCUUGAUGAGCGCAAACCAAAAUAGCCCUAAUUGGAUGAUGCCAAUGUUCCCAUCAUUCGGGUUUAUUCCGCAAGUGCCGCCAGUACCUUACAUGAUUCCUCCACAAAAUUCUACAGCAAAUCAUAUUCCUAUAAUGGCAAACGGUAGCAAUGAAGAGGAAGAAUUCUCAAAUGGUGAUUAUUCCAUGGAUUACUAA